AUCAAGGGCAAUCAGCUAUACAACAAUCCUAUUGAGAGACACCAGGAGCUACGCCUAUGAGUCAGCGGAUAUGUAGGGACAUGCUUAUGGACAGGGGACUCCAGGAGCUUUUCCAUGCCCAUGUGCUGGGAGCUUGUGUCUGGGACAAAGGAUGUACAAGCCAUGUGGCAAAGGAUAUAAAAAAGCAGCUGCAGCUUCUCCAUUUUGUCUUCUAUCCUGGUUCCCACCUCUGAAGCAACUUCUCUACCCACUGAAGCUUUGAACAAAGGACUGAAUGAUCCGUCCAAGCUGUGGAUGUGCUCCAGAGGGACUCUACAAGCCAGCAAACUCACUCAAGUUGCUAAGAACCUGAUGUAUGGACUCUGAAGUCACGUGAGCACUCUCAGGAUUUGGGCUCCCAGCAGAAAGCACCAAGGGGACCUCACUUUUUGGACUGCCACUGGAAAGAGAUGCAUGUUCAGAUGUGUUUGACACUGUGUGGGGCUGGUGACAGAAGCCUUCUAUCCCAGAAACCACUGUAAGAGUUUUUCCAACCUGGAGGUGCCAGCAAACCUGGGGAGGCCUCUGGCCCAUCAGCACCUUAAGGCUCAAUGAGCAGCACUUCAACUUACCUCUCCCACCUGCUGCUGCCCUGGCUAAGGCACCUUCACGUGGUCCUCUCGCUCCGCCUCUCCCAUGUGCUGGAAUCUAUCUAUAGGGGGUCACUUUGAAGGCACUCCUCACAUCACUGCCCAGGUCACACGUCCCUUCUUUUCAUUUUAUCUUGCUGACCCUGCCAGCAGCUGGGGCUGGAGAUUGAAUGUCAGUGAGACAUAAACAAAAUAACCGAAGUGACUGCUCGCUUCUGGGAACUGCCAGCAAGGAGAGAACCAACGCAGCUCAGGUUGCAGCCCCUGCCUGCUGCAAGGGGAUAUAAAGACGGGGCCUGACUGGUGGCUCCAGACUAAGUGCUGGGGAGACUCAAUUGGCUUCUGCAGGUGGCUUCUACUCCAGGUGAUGAUGGGGAAAAUUGGCUUCUCCCUGAUCCUCGCCCUCUCUCUGGUCACUGUUGGCACCACUUCAGAGAGAAAGUGUGACCUGUCCGGGCUGUGGCGGAAUGAGCUGCGCUCACUGAUGGAAAUACAUGAAGUUAACCAUGCAGGAGAAUUCUCCGGCGAGUACCUCACAGCUGUGACGGCCACCAGCAACUGUAUCCGCAGGUCACCCCUGAAGGGAGCCCAGCAUGACACGAAACGGAGGGGCCAGCCGACCUUCGGCUUCACUGUGAACUGGGAGAAGUUCUCAAACUCGACAACUGUCUUCGUGGGCCAGUGCUUCGUGGAUGAUAAAGGGAAGGAAACUCUGAAGACCAUGUGGCUGCUGCGUGAGGAGGUUGGAUCCCCUGGAGAUGGCUGGAGAGCGACCAGGGUCGGCACAAACGUUUUCACCCGGAAACGAAAUGUAGAGCGGGGGAAAAUCCUUCAGCAGCACUCUCCACCCUGCGAGGCUCCAACUCCAACUCCAACAGCACAGUGAACACGCUCUCCAGCUCCACGGUUCCUGUGCCCACCUGGUCUUGAAUUGUUCUGGCCUCUCUCGAGCGUCUCGCCCAGCAGAGUCGCCCGUCUCUGCCUCCAUCUCCCCCUCACUCUCUGGUUACCGCCCCAGAAUCGCUGCCCCGCCCCCAACGCAGCAGUUUAGUUCAUUUCUCAGCAAUACUCUAGUGCGGGAGGCAAAUGAAUUUUUUGUGUUUUUAUCUCUCUUGGCUUUUUCAGUCGUGACGCCCACCUGCCCCUCUCUGACUUCCCUGGAUGGUCCCGAAAUCUCUCCCAUUAGCUGGGGCCUUUCUGGGACACUCCUGGCAGCUUUAUUGCCCUGGGUUCACUCCUUUCCUCACUCUCCAUCAGUCUAUGGUAGAGAUUGCACCAACCUUACUAAAGUCCCAAGGAAAUGGUGCUCCCCUUCUCAAUGGCCUUUACGUUUGCUCAGGACUAUCCACUCUCAGUGCUCCCAGCUCAAAGGUUCAUUUCUCUUAGAAAGUUUC